AUGGAUUUUGAGUGUGAUAACGGGUUAAGGUUAACAAGGUAUUUGGAUGAGAACCUUACUCUGACUCAAAAGGUUUUGCAAAAGUCAAAGUAUUCUCUUCUUCAUCAUAUCCUAUCGCUAGGUCUCGAUUGGACUUCGAGAAAAAGUUUUAGGACAGGUUUUUGGAGGGUCGCUGAACCAAUGUGGUUUUACGUCUCCCAAACUACUGAACAACAAAGACUUUGGGAUUACAUUCUGACGUGCUACACGAGCGAUGAUCCAUCUUGUUUGGAUAUGUCACCAGAGGAGGAACAACACGUGGAAUCUUUAUUCGAUAGAGAGACUCCUAUUCUUUCGGUAUUUGGACGCUGUUCCCCAGAGAAAACUAUGUACAUUUCGUGCUCCUUAGCAGAAGGAUGUAGAGAUUUUGUUAGAAGUGUCGCCUCAGACUGUUAUAAAGCUAUUUUCGAGUCAUUUGAUUUAUCGCUUCGUAAAACCAUUUACCCAAAACGGAGAUUUUUAAGACGGUUAUCUUCUCCCGAAGAGACUAGGUGCCUCCCAGCAUCCUCGUAUUCAAAUGUUCCAUUCCCUGUAUUUUUCUUUGAAUGUGAGAAAAAAGCCGCAGUUCUUUACCGAGACCUUCUGUUAGUGUAUAGACGGAGGGCUAUUGUUCGUGGGCUUGAACCUGCAAUAGGCAAUAUUAUUAAUAUAUUUCGUAACCCACCUUAUGAGAUUCUGAUGUAUUUUUCGGACUAUAGAAUUAUCAAAUACAUGCCAAUUUAUCACGACAGCGAUGUUACUCCGUCAGAAAUUGAAUGUUAUCAGAAGGUUUUCCUAUGGAAGUUGAACGUUAUGACGAGGAGAAAGACAGGGGGGAUGCUUUCAUUUUUAAAAAGUUGGGAACACCUGAAGAAGGAAUUUGGUACGGAGUGGUUGAACUUUGCUACAUUUGAGGAGUUUACCACGCGUUUCAAUUGUGUUAGCCCUGAAAAUGUUGUUCUUGAUGGCGCUUUCACUAACUCUGCCAUUUACUCGAAAGAUGAAAGUACAGAAAAGCCUCCAAUCUACUGCAACGAAAAGGAAAAAUGA